UGAAGUAAGUCACACUGCGCUGUUUGCUGAGCGGACGUGGACAGACAACAUCUAAAGACAUGUCUGAUCUGAAGGAAAUAACCAGACCUCCAUCAACCGAGGAAGAGCAGGGGCUGAAUAAGAAGGGGUCCUUUAAGAAGGCUCUGGAUUUGAGUUCUGGAGACUCUCACAAUGCUGGAAUCAAGCCAAUAACCUUCGUUAGACAGGUCGCAGCUGGAUGUGUGUAUCCCAGAAUCCUCCAGGGCGACGCUCUUCCUCCUGACGCUCGUCUCAGAGUUCAGAAACUCCUCAGUCACUUUGAUGGAGGAAGUAUCGGUUCAUACACUGGGUCCUUAGGAGCGAUGCAUGUGAGAAACACUAUAGCAAAGUUCAUUUCUCUGCGGGACGGAGGUGUCCUGUCCAGUCCAGAGCAAGUCUUCAUCACUGUCGACACCCAGAGAGCUUUGAUGGUGAUGCUGCGGCUGCUGUGCCAAUCAGAGGGCGUGUCUACAGUUAUGAUCCCAGACCCCGCCCCUCACACUCUGACACGCCUCCUGGAGAGGAUGGGUGUGGUUCCGGUGACCUAUCAGCUGCAAGAGGAGAGUGGGUGGAGUGUGGAGAGGGCGGAGCUAAACACAGCCAUCCAGGCUACAAGGGGGCGGAGCUUUCCAAUGGCGAUUUACAUCAGUAACCCCGGCAACCCAACAGGACAUGUUCAGAGCAGGGAGUCCAUUCAGGAAGUGAUUCGCUUUGCUGCAGACGAAGAGCUUUUCCUAUUGGUCGAUGAGGUUUAUCAGGACACGGUUUUCGCUGACGGCUCGGAGUUCGUGUCCUAUAAGCGUGUUCUGGCCGAGAUGGGCCAACCUUAUUCUGACAGAGUCCAACUGGCCUCGCUGCAUUCGCUCUCCAACGGCAUCAUGGGAGAAUGUGGUUUCAGGACGGGGUUCAUGGAGCUGGUGAACGUUGAUGAAGCUGUAAUGUUCUUCGCUGAGGUUCUUCUGACGGGAGAUCUGUGCCCUCCUGUGAUUGGUCAGAUCGCUCUGGAUGUCAUGGCUGAUCCGCCCCAUCCUGGAGAACCUUCCUACAGUUUAUACACACAGGAGGUGGCGUCUCGGCUGAUGAUUCUGAAGUGUAACGCGUCCAGGGCUGUCGAGUUCAUUAAUGAUCUUCCAGGAUUCAGCUGUCAGUCAGUUCAGAGCGGAAUCUUCAUCUAUCCACACCUGACUCUUCCUCACACAGAGCUGACACACUCACAGUCUGUGGGGUUGUUGUACAGCAGGAGGUUGUUGGAGGAUCAGGGUGUGUGUGUUGGGUUCAGUGAAGAUCACACACAUUCACGGAGCUGCUGCCACUUCAGGCUGUGUGUGCUGAUGCCAUCAGAGAAACUGGAGGAAGCUCUCCAUCGUCUUCGAUGUUUUCACUUUCACUUCCUCAAAGAAUUCUGUGAAGCUGGAGAAACAGUCGGUGAACCACAAAAGAGCAUUUAAAUAAGUUUACACAUAAAAUUACACAAAUCAGUUUCAUAAUAUUAAUAUUAUUUAAUUUAGUAAUAUUACCAUUAGUAUAAAGGGUUAAAUGCUUUUACAGAAUUGAUUAUGUGCACUUUUUCUUGUGAGAGGAGAGAAAAACACAUGUUUGAGUUAUUUCACAAUAAAAAAAUUGAAAUUG